AUGGAGUGUUUGAAGGCCAUCCAUGAGUGCAAGAACUUUCCCACGGAGCAGAAGUCACUGUUACUGGAGCUGGUGGGAGGACAGUUAUCUUCUGGAGGGGCCUGUAAUCUGAUUGGUCAGUUGCCUCUCGCUGUCGAUGAUGGGUGUGAUAAGAGAGACCACGGUAAACUGAAUGCCGCGACGCACGGACACAUUCUGCUGCAGAGGUCUGGUCUACUGCCACUGGUUCUGGAGAGAAUGGGGCAUACAGAGGAGGCAGUUGUGUCGAAGUUACUGCAGUCGGUCCUGGCUACUGUGAGGCCCCUUCUUGCUAUGUCCGGCAGCGUGACAGCCACACUCAGCCCCGUUUCUGCCCAAACCGGUUCUCUUUUCCUUCAACUGGCUCUUCUCCUUGGAGUGAAGCCUUCGGGAUUGGUGGAUCUCUUGCUUGACUAUAGCACUGACUGUCCUGGACUGGGUUUGAUGGUGUACCAGUGCUUCCAAAGCCACAUAGACGACUACAUUGCCAGCCACCAUCAGGAGACUGUCUCACUACUGCUCGGAAAAGGACAGAGCAAAGUUGAAACCGUAUCAACUAUAUUGACUGGUGUACUGGAGCACAGUGGUAGAGACAAGGGCCCCAAGAAGGAGAAGGGAAGUGGGGUGUGCCUCUACCUCAUCUCUCAGUGGAGGGAGGUGGAGGGAUGGUGGAAACCGGGGCCACCUGAUCACCUCCUGGCAGCCAUCAACCUCUUGAGGAAGACGCUGUCCGUCGAUCCAUGUCUACUUCAGAAUGCUGCACCAGCGGACGUGAAUCACGUGGUCACCAUGUAUGCUGCAGUACUGGAGGAUAAACAGAUAUCCCUCACCUUCAAGAGCCAAGCCCUGGAGGUGCUCAAUAAUUUUAUUGGCCUCUCGGAAGAAAUACAACAGAAAUUGAGGGAAAGUGUUGAUAGAAUGAUUGCCUAUCAGUUUCCACUCAAAUCGACUGAAUUUGUACCUGGAAGUCCUCAGUACAACGAAUACAUUUCAGUAAUAGACAAGUUGCUGAAUGCUCUGGUGGUGUCAGGGAGUUGUGUUCUACUGGAGGUUCUCAUGAAUGUGAUGUGCCGAGAGGAGAGACACGCACACGAAGACAGCAUCCAAAACAGUCUCACACUCUUUAUGAGAGAAAUACUGACGGCUUCAGAAAGGAAAAAAGCGAUCGACGUUUCGUACCGGUUUUUCACAAACGAGAAGGAUUACCCUCUUGAGGGGAGGAGGGCAGCUGCCGAGAGGGUGUGCGUUCCUCUCAUGAGGGCGUGCGACGAGGUCGCACUGCGUGAAUUCUUUCUCGACCACGUUGGAGAGGUCAUGGCCGUCAUAGAGGCACCUCUGUCAAAGUCGGCGCUGGAGUCAGAGCUGGUGCGCAGGUUGUGCAGUUUCAACUUCAUGGAGGUGCUCUACACGAGGCUGUCUUCCGGAGCUCUCAGCAGUCCAGACAGCAAGAUCAACAGAGCCUACUGCAAGGGAAUCGUGAAGACGGGGAAAGAAAUGACGCAGGCCGUGACAAAAGCUGGUCACCAGGCGAAGGGGGAGGAUCUCAGGGGAGACAGAAGUCACGGUGAACUGAGGCGACAGUACCACUGUGCUGCCUUCAACAUGGUCGCUGCCGUCAUAACCUGCACCCAGAGAGACCUCAAGUUCUACACCGCCUUCCUCUUCAAAGAAGACCUCACUAAAGGAGUGUAUCUUUGGGACAAUCUGAUUGACCCGGAGAGAGUCUAUAAGUUUGAACUCGAGCUUGAGACUCCCAUUGACAGGAAGAAACAGCUGACUGCGAUUCGAAACGAGCGAUUGUCGCCAGACUCCAGAGAAUCCUCUUCACCUCCGGAAGAUUCCAUACUGUUUCCCCCACGAUACCUAUCCUCCCAGUACUUGGCUGACAGUAGUCUCAGUACUGACGUCUCCAAGUUCGACUUCUCUGCUGGACCACAGGUUUUUCCUGUGAUGGGAACCACAAGCAAAUCACAAAAUAAGGAGAUGUCCUACACUGUGUCGGAGGAGCAGAUAGAACAAGAUGAACUGAACCAACACGAGUGUAUGCUGCCACUCAUGAGGCUUAUUGAUCACAUGCAGCACAAUAAGAUCACUCCAGAAGUGCCUCAGGGUAGUGUUCCUGAUGAGCUACCGUCAUGGAUGGCGUGUAUCCAGAAGAAGUUACUGGACACCAGAGCCGAUCUGAACGUGCAGCUGUUUCUCGCGCGUCUCAUCACACACAGACCUAAAAUGCAUACUUUCUUCAGAGUGGUGUUCAACCACUUCUGCAACCCCAGCCCGGACGUCAAGUCCAACCGAACCGGCAUACAGCUGCUGGGAGUGGUGGUGGCGAAUCAUCUGUCGCCCUAUGACCCGGACACGGCAGGAGCCAUUGAAGAACAACGGUUCUACACCACCUUCGCAUCCCUCAUGUCCCACAAGUACAAGGAGAUCUACGCUGCGGCCGCCGAAGUCAUGGGGAUGGUCUUGGCUUUCUUGCAGGACAAGAGUCAUUUGUCACUGGAGAACGUGAGGGACCUGGUAGUGAAUCAACUGCUGUCGCUGUGCAGCGGUGGAAAUGAGGACAAGUUCCUUGUCUGCCUCAACAAGAUCCAGAUCAACUUCCCACACCUCGUCAGUAGAUUUGUGGAGAAGCUGUUGUUCAUGUUGCCAGUGUUCCACGGAGUGUUCCGGAGCCUCUGUCUAGAGGUUCUCCUCACGCAGGCCGACGUGAGGACCACUCUCUACCGUGAACUGAAGGAGAAAGGAUUUCACGACAUGCUCAAGUUCAGGGAUGAGCCAACGCAGCUGGCGGCUCUCAACAUCUGUCAGGCCAUGCUGCGUCUUCUGGAACUCCAGCAGUUGGCGGAACUGCUUCCACUGCUGCGAGAAUUCAGCCGCCACUCCAGCCAGAACUGCAGAGUCGUCAUGUACGAUAUUCUCAUAUGGACCUACAAUAACACAUGGUUGAAGAUGUUUGCAUUCUGGAACGAGGAGAGUCGACUGGCAUCCAACACUCUGGGCAGACUGACGCAGCUGCUGGCCGUACUGUACUCCACCAGUACCGAGCGGCACUUCCUCUACAACUCCACCAACCUUCUCCUGGAGCUCACCUCUCGCAGUCCCGACUACGACAGGAGCAUCUUUGACCAGCCGCUCUCCGACUGCAAGUUUGAGGAGUACAAAGGGAUCGACCUGUCAUGGCAGCAGAGGUACUCGCAGAUGACCCCUCUCUUUGCUGCCACUCUCUCCAGCCAAACGGGCCAGACUCAAACAGAUUACGGCGGGACAGUGGGUUCAAUUGGAGCUGUUGGUCUCAGAGCCACGCAGAGAUCUGUGGAAUUCACUCCAACACAAGGCAAGCUUACACAACACACCACCCUCAAGCUACCGAAAUGCAUGACUAUACUGCUCUCUAUGUUACUAUACAUAAAGCUCCUCUUGCCUGAUCUAGAUGGAGGAGGCUACAACUGGAUGGCUCCUUCCCUGCAGUCUCUUGAGCCGGGCUCCCUCACCCCUGCCUCCGGUGGAGAGACUCAAUCUUCCUCGUCGUCUUCGCUGCUGUUCAACCCGAUGAGACCUCCACGGAGACCGCUGAGACCAGUCAGAGCUGGAGACGGGUUCGGUGUGGGCACGCUCGGAGCCGACCAGACUGACUCCGCCUCUGAUCCCAAGGAACAGAAGAGAAUGGAGAUUAUGAAGCUGAAGAGGAGGUUUCUGAAGGACAGAAAGGUCGCGAGUGCCUUCUUUGCCAAGUCUCAGUCAAGACAGAAGACUCAGAGAGAGGAGACACGGAAGAGACAGAAGGCGGCCCGGAGCAGCAAGGUGGUGAUGUACAGAAAGUACAGAGUUGGCGAGCUGCCCGACACUCAGAUAAAGUACUCGGAGAUCAUCAGACCAUUCCAGGCCCUGGCACAGCGAGACAGCAACCUGGCUCGGAUGUUGUUCUCCAACCUCUACUGUUCUCUGUUUGGUCUGAUGGAGAGGGAGCUGGGGGAGGAGGAAGGAGGGACUGCCGUGGCCGCCAUCAGGGACGGCCUCAACGCAAGUGAACUGGAGCUGGAGCCAACUGCUGUGUCCAGAGCCUGUCUCGACUGCAUGCAGGAACCAAUUGGGAUUAUGCUGCUGGAGAAGCAGCUGCUGGUGAAUGGAGAGAGUGCAGCAGCUGGGAGCAGGCUGUACAAAUCUCUGGGAGACUACGACACCCUGCGAGGCCUUUUCAGCAGUCAGGUAGGGGUUAAAGCCAUCACCAAGGAGGCGCUUGCGGCGGAGGAGAGGACGGACUAUGUGGAGGCUCUGCGUCUCUACAAAGAGGCCGUGGGGUGCGAGAACUGGGGAGACGGUCAGCCCAGUCAGGUAGAGGAAGAUCUAUGGAAGACUCCAUGCUUCAGGAUGAGCGUCCUGUUGCUCGAGAAUUGA